AAGAAAAUGAAAAUGGCAAUGAAGAUUGUGUUCUUCCUAGUGACUGUUGCAGCAUUUGUGAGCGCCAUCAGUGGCAGGACCAUGGAGGCGGCGUUUUUCCGUCCCCACUUCCGCCCCUAUCCGGGCUUCUUCGGUGGAUAUAGAGGCGGAGGAUUUGGGAGUGGCGGAGUUGGUGUUGGUGGAAGAUUUGUUGGCAGUGAUGGUGGAGGUGACGAUAUUGGUGCACCUGGUGACUUGGCUCAAGGUACACCGGUGAAGAUGGCUUUGAAAUAUCAGUCCCGUCUGAGAAUGCAGUGGAUCUGGCAAAAGCAAUUCUGGAGAAAUCCGAAGGCAAAGUGAGGCUAACAGGGUUAGGUGCUAGAGACAGUCUUCGUCUGGAGGCUGGCUUGUGCUUGUAUGGAAACGACACCUGUAGAAGCAGGACUCACAUGGGCCAUAGGGAAGCGGAGAAGGGCAGAAGGCGGAUUCCUGGGUGCAGGCCAUCUAUCAGGAGAGUCGGGAUCUUCUCUGCUGGCCCGCCUGCCAGGAGUCACUGUGAGAUUCAAGACGAGAAGGGCCAAAACAUAGGUGAGGUCACCAGUGGAGGGUUCAGCCCUUGUCUUAAGAAAAACAUAGCCAUGGGGUAUGUGAAAUCCGGAAACCACAAGAACGGCACCAAACUAAAGAUUGUUGUACGAGGGAAGUCCUACGAUGGAUCCAUCACUAAAAUGCCUUUUGUUCCCACCAAGUAUUACAAGUCAUCUUGAUUC